CCAAAACAUAUGAUAAAAAGUGAGGUUAAUUCGUUAUACAAUUUAAUUUCUUGCAAAGUUCAACAAUUAUAAAUGUCAUAAAUUGACCAUUUAUCAAAAAAUAGUUCUAAUGAAGUUUUAUAGUUCAAGAUUGAGAAGUUUUUUGGACAGUUGGCCUGGUAAAAAACAAUUAAGGGAGUAUAGAUUUCUCCCUUUAUUUUUCCUUCUUGGAGCUACUUUAGAAUUUUCAAUGAUAAACUGGAGAGUUGGGGAAACAAACUUUUAUAACACAUAUAAGAAAAGACAAGCUAAAACCAUUGUAGAACAACAAUUAUUAGAAAACAAGACGUAAAAAUGCCAGCAGGAGUAUCUUGGAGUAGAUAUCUAAAAUUUUUUUGUGCUGCGUUUUUGUCUAUGGCUGCAGGAUCUCAGGCUGUACAUUUAUACUAUCGCCCUUUAGAAGACAUUGAUAAAUAUGUAGAAAAAGAACUGAAAUCACAUGGGAAAGGAUAAUAUAAUGUACAAAAUAGUCAUCUUAUAAAAUAUAUUAAUGUAAAAUAAAUAAAUUACACACAAAUACAAAAGGAAAUUAA